AUGUCAUGGCAGGCUCUCACAUUCCAGCCUCAGCUACCGCCUUAUUGCACACCGACAAAUGACUUCCUAUCUCGAUUCUCGAGUACCUUCCAUACAUGCGUACCGACGCCCCUGGCCUUCAUAUCAACAACAUUAGGCGUCCUCUCAAUCGUAUCGUGGCUGUUUGCCCAGAUGCCACAGAUUUACAAGAAUUACACGAUAAAGAGCACAUCCGGUCUUUCCAUCUUCUUUCUGGUAGAGUGGUGUGCAGGAGACGUCAGCAACCUACUUGGAGCCAUCUUUACGAAGCAGGCGACAUGGCAGAUGAUAGUAGCCGGAUACUACUGUCUGGUGGAUUUCAUGCUCGUUGCUCAGUGGGUUUGGUACGAGCGUCUCCGACAUGGCUAUAGAAUCCGCCAGGUAUGGCCUGACAGAAAUGGUGGCAACAACUCGGGCAGGGACCAAGAGAUGAUCAUUGAGGGCGUGCCGGCUAUGAGUCGCGAGAACACCUUUGAGAGUAACGACAGCCCGGAAAGAAAGAGCUCGGCCAAGGAUAUCAAUGCAUCUGGCAACGGAAAAGCAGGCAUGUGGCGCAUGCCAGUCUUUGGAGACGUCAGCGAGAAGUACGGCUCCAAGAGCCCUCGCACCAUCAACCGCGUCGUAGCCUCUUCUUCUUUUCAAUCGCCAUCUCCACGCACUAUCCUGCUACUGGCUUGCUUGAUCUCUCUCGCUCAGGCAUCACCCCUAAAGUCCGCUAUCCACCACCCUCACCACCACCACCAACCUGCCAACAAGAUCUCAGAUCUCGAAGCCGCCGGCACCGUUCUCUCCUGGGUAUCAACCCUUCUCUACCUCGGCAGCCGUCUCCCCCAACUCUACAAGAACUGGGCCAGGAAAUCGACAGCCGGACUAAGCGCCCACCUCUUCAUUGCCGCGUUUUUCGGAAAUCUCUUCUACAGCACCAGUAUGCUCACGAACCCAAAUCUAUGGUCUGACGCACCUGCUCAUGGCCUUCAUGGUUGGGUGGGAAGUGCAGCAAAUGUGCGUUAUGACUGGCUCAUGCGUGCUUUGCCUUUCUGGCUGGGUGCUGCGGGUGUACUCGUCAUGGAUGCAGCUGUGGGAGUGCAGUUCCUCAUGUACGGCGAGAGUGAAGACUCGAAAGUCGUCGUGCUCGAGGAAUCGGGUCGUGAAAACUGGCGUUGGCGUAGAGUCAGCGGUUGGAUGCGUGGCUGGGUCCCCAGCUUUGGCGAGCCGGUUGGCAGAGCAGGAAGUGAAGAGGAAAGAGAUUCUCUGCUUCCUCGCGCACCAACUCGGGAUUAUGGGGCUGCUUCUAGAGCUUGA